AUGGCCCUGAGUAUCAGCAUCAAGAGGGUCACUCAGCUGCCGGGGACUGGAGAGAGGCAGGUGCAUGUCAGCUUCCGAGGCUUCACACAGAAGACAAAGAAGAUACGCUGUGGUCAGGAAGCAGUCUUCGGGGAGCUCUUCCGCUGGCCACAUUAUGGAAAACUUAUCGCAGAAGAGAUGCUGAUUAUUAAAGUUUACAACUGCAGUAAGGUAUUCAGUAACAGAUUACUUGGUACUUUAAUUAUCAGUCUUCAGCAGUUGGUGACAUCUGGACGACUAAAUAUCCGAGAGGCUCUCGUGGACAAAAACCAUAGUAUCACUGGAAUAUAUGUUGAACUAGAACUGCGAUACCAGCCUCCUGAUGGCGCUGUGGGAACAUGGGCUGAGGAGGAUUUUGUCUAUCAGAUGAAAGACAGUUCAGAGAUUAUUAUCCGCAAUCCUGGAUUUGAAGAACUGGAUGAAGCUGAUGUGAAACGUGCUGCUGAUCUGGACAGGAAGGCUGCGGUGCUUGGCAGGAAACUUGUCAAAGGACUGGAGACUGAUGAUGAUGAGGAUGAUUAUUAUGAUGUAUCUGACAUGGAGUUCUCGGGCAUUGUCUUUAGCCCCGUUAAGAGCCGUUCCAGAAUCUUCUCAAAGUCAGAGCUGCAUUCUGCUCCUAGACCACGAAGUUUCCAGAUUGGUAUCAACAUAAUUGAAGCUCAGAAGUUGGUUGGGGUGAACAUUGAUCCUUUUGUAGUUGUGAAAAUUGGAGAUGAGAAGAGACACACAGCAACACAGAAGUCAACCAAUUGUCCUUUUUACAAUGAGUAUUUUACGUUUGAAUUCCAUGAACCAAGAGAUAUCUUAUUCCACAGACUCAUACAAAUUUCUGUCUUCCACUCAAAGAAGAUACCAUUCCUAGGUACACUCAUAGGGACAUUCAAGAUUGAUCUAGAGACUGUAUACAGCCAGCCAGAUCACCGAUUUUACCAGAAGUGGGCUGUGAUUAAUGAUCCAAAAGACACGAGAGCUGGAAUUAAAGGUUUUGUGAAAUGCAACAUUUCUGUCAUUGCGCGGGGGGAUGUCAUGACUUCUCUUCCCGGUACUCCUGGCAGUCAGAAUGAAGACAUUGAAAAGAACUUGCUCCUACCAAAAAGAGUUCCAGCUGAGAGGCCCUGGGCUAAAUUUUGUAUCAAAAUUUACAAAGCUGACGGCUUGCCUAGCAUGAGUGCCGGGAUCAUGGGUGGUUUUUCAAAGAUCGUAGGGGACAAGAAAGUCUUCAUUGAUCCAUAUGUGCAAGUUACCUUUUCUGGACAACAGGGAGAAACAUCUGUUGAAAGCAGCACCACAGAGCCCACGUGGAAUGAACAAAUUAGCUUCAUUGAAAUGUUUCCUCCUCUUAUGAGAAAAAUUAAAAUCCAGAUUUUGGAUGAUGCAAACAUAGGUGAUGUAGCGCUCGCCACACACUUCAUUGAUCUGCUGCAAAUAUCUGACUCUGGGAGAAAUGGGUAUAAUCCCACUUUUGGACCAACUUGGGUGAAUUUAUAUGGCUCCCCUCGGAAUUCAGCCUUGCGCGAUGUUCACAAAGAUCUCAAUGAAGGUCUGGGAGAAGGCAUAUUCUAUCGUGGGCGCCUUCUCAUGGCCAUUAGCGUAGAACUUUACAGCACCAUCCAAGCAGCUGAAAAAAAGCCUACUGAGGUUCUCAAAGGUGCCCUGAGCAAGCUCAAGAUAAAGCGGAAGAGUAAAAAGGCAAAAGAUAAAUCCAAAGGCUCUUUCAGAGAGCACGAGCAAAGUCAAGCUGAGGCUGGCAUGCCUGACGAGGCUGAACAGCCAAGUGAGGUAAUUGUGGAGGUAGAAGAGCUUCAUCCUCUUCCAGAAAAUGCCCUGGGUGUGAAAGAAGAAUUUCUUCUCUUUGCCUCCUUCUUUGAGGUGACUAUGAUGGACCCAUCAAUAGGUACCAAGCCUGUGAAGUUUGAAAUUUCUAUAGGAAACUAUGGAAAAGCUGAAGAAAUUAUUGCCAAAGUUUCCAAAAAAGGUGAGAAGGGAGAGAAGAGUGAAGAGAAACAGCCUUUGCUGGAACCCAGUUCAGAUGAUGAACUGGAUGUUGAAGUCAUACCUCCAAGUACAACUUUGCUUGAUAAGUCUAUGACUGAAAACCAAAGGCCUGAACCUACAGAAUAUGACAGUGCUUACAGCUGUCUGCCCAUGCUGCAUGAGAAGCCUUGUGUGUAUAUUUGGAGUUACUGGGAAGAUUAUACCUGGAGACUCUAUAAUUCCAACUGGAUUGUCAAAAUAGCAGAGCGUUUGGAACAUGGACUAGAAGAUGUGGAGAAGCUCUUGAGGAGACCAAGAUCAAAAGCAGAUGAAAGGCUUCAGCAGGUUCUGGAAGAGUUUGUAGCUGGAUGCAGGCAGUAUUCUCUUAAUGCGGACAAAAAAACAAUGACCCGUCCAAAUAAUCUUGAUCGAUGCCGGAUGAAAUCUCUCCCACAAAACCUUAUUCGAUAUGCAAAGCAGGGGCUCCGCAUAAGAAGGCGACUAAAUCGCACAAAUGUCAAGGAGAAAGUAAAUGAGACGAGGACAAUCCUGUCAAAGCUGCGUUUUUUGGCUAAAGAGCCCCAGUGUACUAUCCCCGAUGUCCUGAUUUGGCUGUUCAGCAACAACAAACGUUUAGCAUAUGCGAGGAUCCCUGCCCAGAAUAUCCUGUACGCAGUAGUAGAAGAAGAGAAAGGCAAAGACUGUGGCAAGAUACAAACGGUCUUUCUUAAGGUUCCAGGAUCACGCACUGAAGAGAUCUUUGCAAAAUUGGAAAUUUAUAUGUGGUUUGGGGUCAUGAAAUAUGUGAAGAACAGCACUGCAGAAUUACCAGAGGAGUUCAAACCAGUUUACGAUCAGAUGCAACAGAGUAUGAGGAUUCCAACAUACCUUCCACCCACCCAGCUUAACAGAGAUGACUUUAGUUACUUCCAGCUGCGAGCCCAUUUGUACCAAGCUCGAGGGAUUCUCCCAGCUGAUGAAAAUGGCCUUUCAGAUCCAUUUGCAAGAGUGGUAUUUUCAACACAGUGUCAGACUACAAGUGUUUUAGAAGAGACACUAAGCCCUAUGUGGAAUGAGUUACUUAUAUAUGACCAGCUCAUUAUUGAUGGAAAGAAAGAAGACUUGAAGACAGAGACCCCAAUUGCUGUUGUUAAUAUCUUUGAUCACAACAAAUUUGGCUCUCCAGAGUUCCUUGGUCGAGCCUUUGCUACACCACUGGUGAAGCUGGUAGAUGAACCAUACAGUCAACCAUCUCUCCAGUUUUUUGACAUUUAUAAGGGACAUAAAGCAGCUGGUGAAUUAAUUGCUGUCUUUGAGCUGAUUGAAUUGGAUUAUAGUGGCUACCUAGAGCCCUCAGUGCCUAGUGAUGUAGAACCCAAGGAGCCAGAAUAUCUGGGAGACCCCCGUUCUGGACGAUUCAUUAUUCCUGAUGGAAUCCGGCCAAUCCUUAAGGAAUUUCGCAUAGAGAUAUUGUUUUGGGGUCUGAGAGAUCUGAAACGUGUUAACUUGUUUGAGGUUGACGAGCCACAAGUGGUAAUAGAAUGCGCUGGGAAGAAAGUAGAAUCUGAAGUGGUUACAUCAUAUAAAGAGAACCCAAAUUUCAAUGAACUUGUCAAAUUCAUUAAUGUGGAACUUCCAGAGCAAGUGUACUUACACCCACCUCUCAGUAUCUUUGUGGUGGAGAAGAGAGCCUUCGGACGUUCUGUCAUGGUGGGAACUCAUAUAGUUUCUCAUAUUAUGAAAUUUGCUCCUAAAGAAUUAGAUGACCUAGAGGAGGAAACAGACAGCCCACCCAAGAUGCGAAAAGCCUCAGCCCGACCUAACAUCUCCAAAACAGUGAUGAAUCUUGGUGCCACUGCAGGGAAGACAGUCGUAAACAUUGGUGCAGCUGCCGGUCAGACGGUAAUAAAUAUCGGUGCAGUUGCCGGAGACGUAGGUAGCAAAGUAAAUCCCCUCAAGCUUGUAAAGAAACCUCUGAAGAAAAUUCCUGUUGAUGAACUCAUCCCAAAAGAAGAGGUAUUUGAGGAGGAAAAACCUGAGAAAGAAGAACUAGAUUGGUGGUCCAAGUACUAUGAAUCAUUAAAGGAGUUAAAUAACCAGUCCUUUAGUGAUGAUGAAGAGGAGGACCCUAAUGAUCCAGAAGGAGGGAACCUAAAUGUUGCUUCUCUUGAUGUGGAUGUGGAUGCAGAUGAUGUGAUAGUUGAAGCUGAGCCAGUUCACCCUAAAAGGAAGCUUAUAGCUACUUUAAAGAUCUACAGUUCAGAACUGGAAAACGAGUUUGACAAUUUUGAAGACUGGCUAUGUAUUUUUCCACUUCAUCGUGGGAAAGCUAGUGAAGAUGAGGAUGGAAAUGAUGAAGAUAAUUUUGUGGGAAAAUACAAGGGUUCAUUUUUUGUAUAUCGUGCUGAAGAAGCAGGUGCAGAACAUAAAAUCUCCCAAGGCAUUCCCAGAAACAGACCUAUUAAAGUCCUGGUCCGAAUCUAUAUAGUUAAAGCAACUAACUUGACUCCAGCAGAUCCCAAUGGGAAGGCAGAUCCCUACCUGGUUGUCAAAAUUGGGCAACAACAGAAAGACACCAAGGAGCGAUAUAUCCCAAAGCAGCUCAAUCCAGUUUUUGGAGAAGUGUUGGAGCUGAGUGUAUCUUUCCCCACAGAAACUGAGCUUACUAUAUCAGUAUUAGACCAUGAUUUAAUUGGAUCUGAUGAUUUAAUUGGGGAGACAAAGAUCGACUUGGAGAACCGAUUCUACAGCAACCACAGCGCUAACUGUGGAUUGGCAUCACAGUAUGAUACAGAAGGCUACAACAUGUGGCGGGAUGCAUUCAGACCCUCGCAUAUCUUGGACAGUUUGUGCAAGAAAAAUGCACUCCCAUCAGCUGAGUACAGGCGAGAAGAAGUAAAAGUAAACAACAAACUUUUUAAGAUCCCUCCUGAAGCUUUUCCAGAAGAAGCCUUUGUAAAAGACAAGACAGAAAAUGAUGAUGAAACCUGGUCUGCUUAUGAUGAGCACAAGGCGUUGUAUGUUCUUCAGCACUGGGAUGAAAUGCCAGAGUAUGGAUGCAAAUUAGUUCCAGAACAUGUAGAAGUGCGAUCCCUUUAUAAUCCAGAGAAUCCUGGUCUCCUGCAAGGCUCUCUCCAUAUGUGGAUUGAUAUGUUUCCAAAUGAUGUCCCUGCACCAUCUCCUGUCAACAUCAAACCACGGCUUCCAAUCAGUUAUGAGCUGCGUGUCAUUAUUUGGAACACAGAUGAUGUUGUCCUUGAUGAUGUGAAUCCAAUAACAGGAGAAAUGUCUAGUGACAUUUAUGUAAAAAGUUGGAUUAAAGGACUGGAGAAAGACAAACAAGAAACAGAUGUUCACUUUAACUCAUUGACUGGGGAAGGCAAUUUCAACUGGAGAUUUGUGUUCCGCUUUGACUACCUCCCAACCGAGAAAGAGAUCACGUACAAAAAAAAGGAUUCCAUCUUUUCUCUGGAAGAAUCGGAAUUCCGGGAGCCAGCAGUUCUGGUUCUUCAAGUUUGGGACUAUGAUAGGAUUUCAGCAAAUGAUUUUUUAGGGUCCAUUGAGUUAAAGUUGAAUGAUAUGGUGAGAGCUGCCAAGAGUUCCGAGCAGUGCACUAUCAAAAUGGCCAAGGAGAAAGCAGGACCCCGCUUUUCCAUCUUCCGAAACAAACGAAUGAAGGGCUGGUGGCCUUUCAUCAAACUGAAAAGUCAGGAAGACAUUGAGAGGGAGGAGAAGGAAGCUAAGCAGAAGAAAAAGAAGAAGAAGAAGAAGAAGUGGAGGAGCUCUGUAAAGCCAGAAGAUGUUGAGUUUUCAGAUCCUAGUGGAAAUAUCUUCAUCUUAACGGGGAAAGUGGAAGCUGAAUUCCAGCUACUGACCAUAGAGGAAGCUGAAAAGGCCCCCGUUGGUCUAGGGCGGAAAGAGCCGGAGCCCCUGGAGAAACCCAACCGUCCAAAAACAUCCUUCAACUGGUUUGUGAAUCCCAUGAAAACCUUCAUCUUUUUCAUUUGGAAACGGUACAAGAAGUACAUAAUUGCACUGCUGAUUAUUGCAAUUGUGACCGUAUUCUUGAUUCUCAUUCUUUACACAAUGCCUGGAUACAUCAGUGAGAAGAUAAUAAAUGGUUAAGCCUCCUUUCCUUCUCAGUCUGUCUCCUCCAUCCUCUAAGCUGAGAUUUGAUAAAGGAGGUGGACAGUGACUUCUGUACCAAAAAUAUUAGUAACACCCACAGUUCACUGACUGUGCCUGGAGCACUUUGAAAAGACAUUUGCGCUGGAGGAGUUGGACUGCCUGCUCACAUCUGUGAUGUGAUGACAAAAUUAACUGAACACACUUUUGAAUUAUUUGAUGAAUAGCUGGGCUAUUGUUAGCUCUGAAGGCUACUAUUGUAUUAAUUGAACUGGUUCUGCAGUUUUAAUAUAAAAACUAAUCAACUGUAUCUUAAGAAGGAAAAACGGGAAGACUGCCAGUUGCAAUAGGUUUAGAAGUAUUGGAUUCUACCCAUAUGAACCAGAAUUUACAAUUUUUGCACUGCUGUCUGCAUCCUUAAAUCAUUAAUCUGGUAGAAUUAUUUAUUUAUUUAAUUCAUGAAUUUCACAUAGUUGAAGCCAUGCAUGGCCACAUCUUACACAAGAUGGUGACAAGGAUGUAGGAGAUCUUUAAACAAUUUUUAUUGAACAUUCAGUGACUGAUGACCAUGAUGUGGCUGGGUAUUUGUAUGAUAAUACAUGUUUAAAAACUAUUGUGCAAGUGAGUCAGUUGAGCAAUGUAAAAGGCACUCAGAUUCUGAGGAGUGUCCAUUUCAUAUUUGCUUAUAUCCAUCUUAUCAUAUACUUGGUGCUAAACAGAAGAGAGCAGGAGUGGUGUA